GAAAAAAUGUGGAUAUAAUUAUUCAAUUUGAUUGAUUGUAAUUUCUUUAUAUUAUAGAAAACGGGUCUAUAGGAUUUAAUCUAGAUCGAUCUUAUUUACAUGUAUAAAACCCAUCAAAAUUUCCUUAUAGACUAUAUAAACCCAAGAUAUUCGUUAAAACAAAACCUGUGAAAAGCAAGUAAAUCCAAUUCAAUCACUACCUUCUCGAAAUUAGAAGGCCUCCGCAAAAGCCAAGCAUACCACCUUCCUACUACUUGUUAAUACCAUUUUUACGAACACGAAGUCAAGAUGCCAUCUAUACUUCCCACCCGCAAGCUCGGAAAGAAUGGACCCCAAGUUCCGGCUCUUGGAUUUGGCCUGAUGGGUUUGUCGAUUGCUUACGGGAAAGUUGAAUCAGACGAGGCACGCUUCAAAAUUCUUGAUCGUGCCUUCGAACUAGGCGAAACUUUCUGGGAUUCCUCAGAUCUCUACGGAGAUAACGAAGAGCUUGUGGGAAAAUGGUUAGCAAAUAAUCCAGAUAAGCGCAAGGACAUCUUUUUGGCCACGAAGUUUGCUUUUGUGCACGCGGGGGAUAAGCCAGGACCAAUGAUCGAUUCGAGCCCCGAAUAUUUGAAAGAUGCCUGUGAAAAGAGUCUGAAACGACUUGGCGUGGAUACGAUUGAUCUGUAUUACUGCCACCGAGUGGACGGGAAGACACCAAUUGAGCUUACCGUUCAGGCCAUGGCCGAGCUCAAGAAAGAGGGAAAAGUUAAUUAUCUCGGGCUUAGCGAGAUUUCUUCGGAGACACUUCGUCGAGCCAACAAGGUCGCCCACAUUGAUGCUGUACAAAUUGAAUACUCUCCUUUCAGCACCGACAUUGAACACCCCGAAAUAGAUCUGUUGAAGACUUGUCGUGAACUCGGAGUGGCAAUCGUUGCGUAUUCUCCUCUUGGCCGCGGAAUGCUCACCGGUGCCUAUAAGUCACCAGCCGAUUUCGAAGAGGGUGACUACCGUACUUACGCUCCUCGCUUUUUACCUGAAAAUUUCAAUAAGAACCUUAGACUUGUCGACGGCAUGGAAGCUCUUGCUAAUAAAAAGAAUGUGACUCCUGGUCAGCUAACUCUAGCGUGGUUACUAGCUCAGGGAGAUGAUAUCUUCCCUAUUCCAGGCACUAAGAAGAUCAAGUACUUGGAAGAGAAUUUGGGGGCUUUGAAGUUGGAGCUAAGUGUGGAAGAGGAAGCUGAGAUCAGAAAGCUGGUCGAUGCUGCUGAGGUUCACGGUGGUCGAUAUCCUGAUGCUAUGAAAGAACUAUCUUUUUCGGAUACACCUGCGUUGAAUGCAUAGGCUAUGUCUGGCAAUUAAGUUUGCCGUUCUAUCUGUUUGUCACAAUCAUUCUAUAGAAAUUUCACAUAGCCAUAUUUUUGUAUCUUAAAAAGUAUUCACUACUCACUAGAAUUGAGGAAGCUUUAGUGUUAAGUAUUUGGAAUGAUUGGGAAGUGCUUUAGACGAGUUUUUCUUCAUAAAAUAAUGAUAGGGAUUGAUCA